AUGUUUAAAAUUAUUCAAAGAGCCUGUUUCAGAUAUUCAGUUGCCAACACUAAGGCUGAGGCUGAAAUCAAAUCAGUUCCAGGUAUCAAUAUUAAAGAGUGAAUUUAGGACAUAAGCCACCCUCUUUUGAAGAUACUGUUUAAGGAAAAUAUGCAGGAGUGUUAUUCUCAACAGCAUCAUAAAGAGAAGCACUUCAUCUAGUGUUAUAGGACAUGAAAUACUUCAAAGAAUUGGCUGAAAAGAGUCCAGUAUUUGCAGGCUUUUUGGUAAAUUCUGCCUACAAAAGAAACCAAUAAAGAAAUGUGAUUCAAGCUCUAACAAAAGUAAAUAAAUUUAAUUAUGUUUUAGGAAGGAUUCCAUGAAGUCACUUAGAAUUUGUUAAACACUAUGAUUGAUAAUCAAAGAAUUUCUUAUCUAUCUAAGACAGCUGAUAAAUACAUUGAAUAUUAUAGAAUCUUUAAUAAGGAAGAAAAUAUCACAAUUAUUUCUUCUGAAAAUUUGUCUGAAGAAUAAAAGUAAAUAUAUAUAGUUAUUUUAAUAUUAGAUCAUAAGUAAUUUAAGCCUUAAAAGAAUCAAGUCCAAAUAUGUAAUUUUCUGUUCAAUACAAAGUGGAUCCCUCUAUUUUAGGAGGAUUAUAAAUGUAUUCAGGAAAUAAAUUCUUGGAUUGCUCUUUGUUAUCAAGAGUAAAUAAAUUGAGAUCAGAAUUAUAAAAGUUAAGCAUCUGAUGAUGAAUAAGUAUUAAUAAUAAUAAAUAUUAUAUAUA